CCGGUUUGUUGAACAUGUAUCCGCUAAAUUAGCACACACGACAUUUUCUGUGUUUUUAUUUGUAGGUUUUGCUCGACGUUUUAAAUGUAGGUUUUAAACGCACAGCUCGUGGCUGCUUAACGCACAUCUACCAAUAACGGACUAUCAACCUGACUGUGGCCAGCAAUGGAGGUUGGCACAGUUGUGCAGGACGACAUGAAAUUUCGAGGAGCUGAAUUUGCUGUCAAGGUCGAGUUGGCCGAGCGCUUGCUGAUUGUAGAGAUUUCAGAUGUUGUGACAGCAGACCAAUGGAGAGGAGAGUUUGACCCUGCUUAUAUUGAAGACUUGACACGAAAAACUGGCAAUUUUAAGCAGUUUCCAGUGUUUUGCAGCAUGCUGGAGUCUGCGGUCAACAAGUCUAGUGAGUCAGUGACCCUUGACCUCCUGACCUAUUCAGACCUUGAGCUUCUUCGGAACAGAAAGGCUGGUGUCGUCGGCCGACCUCGUGCUCAGCCACAGUCCCCUGCUCUUAGUGCUAAGCGAUACCUCAUUCUCAUCUACACUGUGGAAUUUGACAGGAUACACUAUCCUCUUCCACUUCCAUAUCUUGGAAAGCCUGAUCCAGCAGAACUGCAGAAGGAGAUCAGAGCUCUGAGAGCCGAGCUGAAAGCAAUGGGACAGAAAGGAGAACACAAAGUUUCAGACCAAGAGACACGGAGGCUACGUGCUGAAUUGGCCUUGGUAAGAGAUGAAAAAGAGGCCUUGGCCAAGGCUCUGGACCGUCUACAGAUGGUAGGGGCUGGUUCUACCCCUGGAGUUCGUGGGCUCAGAGAGGCUGUACACAGCUUGGAAGAGCAGCUGCUGAAAGAGAGGGCGAAAAAUCAGCGCUCUGCAAGCAAGAGGGCCCAGGAACAGCGCCUCCUGCUAGAACAGUUGGAGGAACUCAGGGCAUCAGAGCGGGCUCUUCGGAUACGUGUUAAAAGUCUAACCACUGAGUUGGCUUUGUUGCGACGUGGCCGGGCGACUCCAGUCACGUCUAACCGCAGCGGGCUCAGAAGUGAUGGGGAGGUUCAUCGGUCUUUAUCGAGAGAGCGCAGUCUGACCCGUUUGGGGGUAAGGGCACGCUCAGGUUCAAGGGAGAGGAUGGAGGACAGAACCAGGAGGUCAGAGGAGAGAGUUAGGAGAGCAGAUUCUUCAGGGUCCCGUAACUGCAUCUCAAGACCCUCACCUUCUCCGACAGGGUCACAGGCAUCUCGGUUCGACCCUACAGCGUACAUCCAUGACAGGCAACGAAGGCAAAAAGAGUCCGAUAUAAAAAACAUCGCCCUCUCUGUGAGCAGAAAUAUUGUUUACUUUGAAAGUCAGAGGAAGAUUAGAAGAGACAUGUUGGCUUCACCAUCUCUGAUGGAAAGAGGGCGUUCACGGUCCAGAGAGCCCGUUCCUCAGCUGAUGAGACGAGGAAGUGCUGGAAGGGGAAGGAGUGUGUCUGCGGAGAGCAGGAGGAGUCGAUGCUCCUCUGACGGAUCUGUAGCCGAGUUUGAAGAGCUUGCUAAGCCUCUAAAUAGCAGAGGAAGGAAACUAGGGUUUAAUGGUCCAGCUGUGACCAGAGGAAGACACUUAAACAAAAAGCCAAUGUGUAGCACUCCUGCACAGCGGAUGAGAGCAGCAGACACAUCUAUCGACACAGGUGCUGACCUGUCAGAGAUAGAUGCUCGACUGCAGGCUCUGCAGGACUACAUGCGUGACCUUGAUACAGGUCACUAGUUCUCCCAAUGGAUGUCUAGGUAUUUUGCACAAGCUAAAACUGUGACUGAAUGGACAAUCUUACAGCACAAUUCAAACACUGUGUACAGAUGUUUUUGUAGUCUUUUACUUUAUUCAAACAGAUAACGCUAUUAUGCCAAUUUUUUUCUUUAUCCAUAAUGUAACGUUUGACUUAUAACACGCAGUGACAUUGGCUUUGAAAACUGUUGCCAUAUCAGACUUGAAGUAAACCAGAAGUGUCCAAAAGCAUGACCUCAGGAUAUACUUUUGUUUGUUUGUUUGUUUGUUUUAUACAUUCCUGUGUACAUUUAUGAAUUAGUGUUUGUUGACUGUUGCCAUGUGUAUUUUUUUAAAUGAUUAUUGUUUGUUUUGUCUGCUGUAGUUGAAUCUCCGUUUUGUGAUAUUCUGAAAAACAAAGUUUUUAUAUAUAAAAUAAUUUUGCUCUUCA